CCGCACGGCCGGUACGCGUGAAACGUCUCCACUGCAAUAACAAUUUGUGACACGGUGUGAUGAUAAUAACAUUAUAGUGACCGCACGCUGGGUAACGGCGGUCGAUAGUGGUUAACCAUUUACCAGGGAUAUUUGUUUGCUUUAAAAUCAUCACGGAGCGAUUAAAAAGCAUUUUCCAUAGGCACGUUUUAACGUUGGAAAAUUGGCUGUAUGACGUCAUUAGUAAAAACAAAACAAAAUAUGCGACCGCUUUCAAAAGUUCUGUUGUCGUUUACAAACACUUAAACGGUAACGUAAAUUAUGAUAUAAUUUUUUUGUUGUCGUUUAAAAUUAGUAAAUGUCCACUGGUCGCUACCGGCAGUUCUGAAAAUUUUUUUUUUUUAAUCGUUAACGUUUGGACGCCAUGAGAAAGUUCUGCAUACAAUAUUUGUAAGUGAAAGUUAUAAGACUAGCUGUGAUUGCCGAAUGUAAACAACUACCUUCGUAUAACGUCACAAAUCCAAUCCAAUCGACCUACUUCUGAACGAGACGCUACUUUUACUAUUUUACAUGACGACGAAUCCGAAGAAAGAAAGAUCCCUAAGCGAAACCUUGGACCACUCAUCAGUCUAUGUCCACUAGUGUCCAUUAUCGUGCCUGGGAGUAUCGCAAAACCGGUGUUCAACAAUCAUUUACAUCUACUAGUCAAGCGACUUAUAGUUAUAAUGAUAAAUAUUAAUCGACGAUGACGGUUUCGUAGGAGCUGCGGUCCACUCUUUUGAGGUCUCAGUGGCAGACCAAAUCAGACGGUACCGGAACGGCUCGUGAAUGCCUGUACGUUGGGCGGUUAAUAAUAUCAGACUAACACGAUCGUUAGGGGUUUUAAAAUUUCCUGAUUAUGGCAUCAAAUGAAAACUGCCCUCAAGGGGCAGUUUUUAAACAGAACGGCUUCGAUUACCAAUCAAAACGAGCAUCGACAGUGAAAUAUAAUGCAAUACUCAAUGCCGACGAGGAAGAUGAAAUGAUAAUAUUCGGUUACAAACGAAGCGUCCCGUUGACAAUACUAACAUGGAUGUUUAUUUUUCUGUCUUUGGGGUUUAUACGAUUGUUGUUCCAUUGGUAUCCACAUUGGAUUGUGUACGCCAUGUUUACAAAGUGUCCACUCAGCAAAGCAGAACGGGUUCUGGUUGUUGAUAGUUAUGAAGGAAUGUACAAGUCGUACUUCGUUAAAAAAGUGAAAAAUGUAUCUAUCGAAAAUAUCGGUGUCUACGAUAACGAGGCCUACUCGAAAGAUAUCUUAGAACCAAUUAAAGACGAUGAAAUCGAAAAAGGAUCGGAUGUGAAAUCGAUUAGGAUACAUUUGAACGACGGAUCGUUUCAAGAUGUAUGUCAAAUCAGAGCGAUUCAUAUAAAAAAAAUUUGUUACGUUUGGUGCGAGUCGCAAGGUCUGUUUCAAAAACUUGUUGGUUUAGAUAAAGGACUGACAACAGCGCAGCUGCACAAUUUCAAAGGUUAUUCUGUUCAAGAACAGUUUAUAAGACGUUUUAUUUAUGGCCCAAACACAAUUGACAUACCCACUCAAAGUAUAUUGACGCUGAUAGGACUGGAAGUUCUCAAUCCACUGUACAUCUUUCAGGCAUUUUCCUUUGUUGUGUGGUUUUCCGAAGGUUAUGUGUACUAUCUAGGAGCGAUUGUCGUCAUGUCUGUAUUUGGAAUAACAUCGUCGGUUGUUCAAACUCGCGCAAACCAAAAAACAUUGCGGCAAACGGUGCAUUCUACUGACAAAGUGGUCGUUUGCCGAAGACUAAGCGAGCCAAAGGUUGAAUCAGUAUAUGAAGAAAUUUCUACUACAGAUUUGGUGCCGGGCGACAUAAUUGUCAUACCGCGUUAUGGAUUUGAAGUGCCUUGCGAUGCGGCAUUGCUGUGUGGCACGUGCGUUGUUAACGAAAGCAUGCUGACAGGCGAAAGCGUGCCGGUAGUUAAAACCACAUUGCCAAACAUCAAUUUUCUGUACAACGAACGCGAAGACACCAACCACACUCUGUUUUCCGGAACGAAAGUCCUGCAGGCGCGAUACCAUUCCGACAGAAAAGUACACGCGGUGGUGUUGAGAACAGGUUUUCUGACUGCCAAAGGUUCGUUGGUGAGGUCGAUCCUUUACCCUCCGCCAACUGAUUUUAGAUUCGACAAAGACACGUAUCGGUUCAUUUGGAUUUUGGCCACCAUCGCGACCAUCGGAUCGAUUUACACCGGAUUGUCGAAAGCGUCUAGAGGUAUAACGUGGUCCGACAUCGUUGUGAAGUCAUUAGAUUUGUUCACAAUUGUCAUUCCGCCAGCGCUUCCGGCAGCGAUGACGGUUGGAAAGAUUUACGCGUUGAGGAGACUGCAAAAAUAUCAAAUUUCUUGCAUAAACUCGAGAGUGAUUAACGUAUCGGGGUCCAUAGAUUGCAUUUGCUUCGAUAAAACGGGAACGCUAACAGAAGAUGGAUUGGACAUGUGGGGAAUAGUGCCGGUGGAAACGACCGAAGAGCUAGGAUCGCCCAUUAGAGAUGUUACCGCGUUGUCUAAUGGUCAUUCGUUGAAAUUGGGCAUGGCCACUUGUCAUUCUUUGACUCUGCUGAAUUCGAUUGUGUCCGGCGAUCCACUCGAUAUUAAAAUGUUCGAGUCGACGGGAUGGAGCCUAGAAGAGAUGGAAGUGGUUGACCCUUCGAAAUUUGAUGUUUUAAUACCUUCGAUCGUAAGGUCCCCGUCGUCUGCGUCUGAAGACACGAAACUAAUCGAAAUAGGUCUUAUACAUCAAUUUCAUUUCUCAUCGUCUUUGCAACGAAUGAGCAUGAUAACCAAAACGAUAGGCGAUCCUCGUUUUAUUGUCUACACCAAAGGUUCGCCGGAAAUGAUUCAAUCUCUGUGUAUCCCGAGUACAGUGCCAAAUAAAACCAGUACGGUGUUAAGAGGUUAUACCGAAGAAGGUUACAGAGUGAUCGCCAUAGCUUACAAAGUACUAGACGAAUGCAAUUUCGUUCAAAUAUCGAAACUGAGGCGAGAGGAAGUCGAAUGCGAAUUGACUUUUGCUGGUCUAGUUAUUUUAGAAAAUCGUCUCAAGGACCAAACCACUCCGGUCAUCGAAGAACUUCAAGGAGCCAAUAUGAAAAUCGUUAUGAUAACAGGUGAUAAUAUCUUAACGGCCGUGAGCGUGGCCAAAGAAUGCGGUAUAGUUUUACCAUCGAAAACAAUCGUUGACGUGACGGCCGACGAAAGGGAGGGACACAAUCCUAAAAUAUACUACACCGCCAGCGGUAUCACUUCACCUUUGAGGUCUACUACGGUUUUUGGAAGUUCCAACGCAAACGACGUCGACUUGGAAGCCCGCGUUACCGGUGAAUACUGUUUUGCGUUGACCGGUCGGACAUGGGCCAUCAUAAGAGAUACGUUUCCGGACCUUCUGCCCAGGAUACUCGUCAAAGGAGCGGUUUUCGCCCGAAUGAAAUCGGAACAAAAACAGCAAUUAGUUCAAGAACUACAACACAUCGGUUAUCACGUCGCAAUGUGUGGUGACGGCGCCAACGAUUGUGGUGCACUGCGAGCUGCCCACGUGGGCGUUUCGUUGUCAGAAGCCGAAUCGUCGGUGGCUUCUCCUUUCACGUCGCACAAAGCUGACAUAUCUUGCAUGCCUUUGAUCGUUCGCGAAGGCCGAGCGGCGUUGGUCACGUCGUUUGGCAUUUUCAAAUUCAUGGUGCUCUACAGUUUGUUGGAGUUCACUUCGACAUUUAUUUUGUACAACAUCGACAGCAACUUGACCGACUUUGAGUUCCUGUUUAUCGACGUCGGCCUGGUGGUGCAUUUCAUGUUCUUCUUCGGGAGAAACCGGUCGUUCAAAGGGCCUUUGUUCAAAAAUCCUCCGCUCACCAGACUGCUGUCGUUCGUGCCGUUGUUUUCGAUGACGGCAAACCUUAUCGUGUUGAUGUCCACUCAGGUGCUGUCGUUCUAUCUCGUCCACCAGUUCUCGUGGUUCAAGCCUUUCCACUUUACACAACCCAUGGAGUACAAAUGCUACGAGAACUACGCGGUGUACGCCACGUCUCAGUUCCAGUACAUCAUAUUGGCGUUCAUAUUUUCCUACGGCAAGCCGUACCGGGUGCCGAUCUACAAGAACAAGAUAUUCUUCACUUCCUUGCUGACCAUGACGGCCGUUUGUGUGUACAUCACGGUGUUUCCGGCCGAUUGGGUGCAGCAAGCACUCCAGUUGGAAUUCCCACCGGAAAUCGGAUUUCCGGUCGUACUGGUCGCGUUGGCCCUGUGCGAUUGUGUCGUGUGCCUGAUAAUCGAGUACUUUGUCGUCGACUAUUUGCUAACGAAACGAUUGAAAAUCGCUUCACACCAAUCCAACAAACAGUGUAUGUACCGGGUGGUCAAACACGAGUUAGACACUUCCCCGGGUUGGCCUCCCAUCUGUAAGCACCAGCCGAUAAUCAUUUCCUCGUCGCUGGAGUGUAUGCGAAACUCCGAAAUCGAUACUGAAGAUUUCGAGCGACAAGAACGGUUCAAAACCAUCAUAACUAAACUGUGACAAUUUUGUUUUUUAUCGCUUUAACUGUUUAGAGCUUUGGCCCGUCACGAACUUCUUGGCUUUCUGUAUUUUAUGAAAUUUAAAAAAAAAAAAUGUUACCAAGGAAAUACGAUUGAGAUAGUUUUGGAAAAAGAUAAGCUGUAGAUGUAUUUAAGUUGCACAUAAAAUUAAGUAGGUUCAAAAAGUGUCGUUUUACCAAGACCUUGUAAACUAAUAGAAAGUUACAUUUUUUUAUUUCAUUUUAUAAUAUAUUUUUUAACGUUAUAAACUUUGAUUGUACUCUAGUAACUGU